GAACAGUGUUUUGAUUCUAGGGCUAAUUUAGAAGUAGUUCAAUUUUUUAACAAUAAAAAUGAGGCAUUAACAUGUUUAGAUAGUUAUCCUACUGUAAAAAAAUUAUUCACCAGAUACAAUACAAGUUUACCAUCAGCUCCAGUCGAAAGAUUGUUUUCGCCCCAAAUAGAG